AUGACUGUGCCGCCACCCACCAAACCCAAGAAGAAUGCCAAACUGGCCCCUGAAAACGAACGCUACAUGAGAGCCUGCUCCGAUAUUGCGAAUGCUCUGAUCCAGGAGUAUGAGUCGCAGCGCGAUCCCACCAAACCCAAGAGAGACAUCAACCUCAACAAGCUGCGGGGUCAAGUCGCCAAAAAGCAUGCCCUGGCCUCGCAGCCCCCGUUGACGGCCAUCAUCGCCGCCGUUCCGGAGCACUACAAGAAAUACAUCUUGCCCAAGUUGAUUGCCAAGCCGAUCAGAACGUCGUCCGGUAUCGCGGUCGUCGCGGUAAUGAGCAAACCCCACCGUUGUCCCCAUAUCGCAUACACUGGAAACAUCUGCGUCUACUGCCCCGGUGGCCCGGAUUCCGAUUUCGAGUACUCUACGCAGUCGUAUACCGGAUAUGAGCCAACAUCGAUGCGCGCCAUUCGCGCCCGUUACGACCCGUUCGAGCAGGCUCGAGGCCGCGUGGAUCAGAUCAAGUCUCUCGGUCACAGUGUGGACAAGGUGGAAUACAUCAUCAUGGGUGGCACGUUCAUGUCGCUCCCGGAAGACUACCGUGAGUCGUUCGUGGCCCAGCUUCACAACGCGCUGAGUGGGUACCAGACGGACAACGUCGAUGAGGCGGUGUUGGCCGGUGAGAUGAGUAACGUGAAAUGUGUGGGAAUCACGAUCGAGACGCGGCCGGACUACUGUCUGGACCAGCAUUUGAGCAGCAUGCUGCGCUAUGGGUGCACAAGACUGGAGAUUGGCGUCCAGAGUCUGUACGAAGAUGUCGCCAGAGACACGAACCGAGGUCACACAGUCGCCGCAGUAGCCGAGACCUUCAAACUCGCCAAGGAUGCUGGGUUCAAGGUGGUCAGUCAUAUGAUGCCUGAUCUACCCAACGUGGGGAUGGAACGUGAUCUCUUCCAGUUCCAGGAGUACUUUGAGAACCCGGCUUUCCGCACCGAUGGCUUGAAGAUUUACCCCACCCUGGUCAUUCGUGGGACCGGUCUCUACGAACUCUGGAGGACGGGUCGCUACAAGAACUACACCCCGAACGCCCUAAUUGAUCUGGUGGCUCGUAUCCUCGCUCUGGUGCCCCCGUGGACCCGAAUCUACCGUGUUCAGCGUGAUAUCCCGAUGCCCCUGGUGACCUCGGGUGUCGAGAACGGUAACCUGCGCGAACUUGCCUUGGCACGGAUGAAGGAUUUCGGAACGACUUGCCGAGACGUCCGCACCCGUGAGGUGGGUAUCAACGAGGUCAAGAACAAGAUCCGUCCCUCGCAGGUGGAGCUAAUCCGCCGUGACUACACGGCUAACGGCGGCUGGGAAACGUUCCUUGCUUACGAGGACCCGAAGCAGGAUAUCUUGAUCGGUCUCCUGCGACUUCGCAAGUGCAGUCCGACACACACCUUCCGGCCCGAAUUCACGGGUCAGCAGACCAGUAUCGUGCGCGAGCUGCACGUGUACGGAUCUGCUGUUCCUCUCCACGGACGUGACCCGCGCAAGUUCCAGCAUCGUGGAUUCGGAACCCUCCUCAUGGAGGAGGCCGAGCGGAUUGCUCGUGAGGAGCACGGCAGCCGGAAGAUCAGUGUUAUCUCGGGCGUUGGAGUGCGCAGCUACUACGCUCGGCUGGGCUACACCUUGGACGGCCCCUACAUGUCCAAGAUGCUGGACCCGAUCGAGGACGAGGAGUUCUAGGCGAAACACUCAUGAAUUAUGCGUACAAGAUUUGCAAGUGGUUUUGGACAUAAAAGUUCUUUCCGUGGUUGGUUGGCUACAUCCGGCGUUGUGAGGGGG